AUGCAGACUACUCCAUCACCCAUAGCCAGAUACGGUACAAAAGAAUACUUACGAGAACUUUCGAAUCAACGAAGAUCCAUCUAUUGCGGCUUUGAUAAACGGCCCACUAUGGAAGCAGUUGUUCUCCGUCUUUGACGCUGUGAAGACCUGAAUGAGAACAAACUUGCUGGAUCA